CUGAACGAUAGUCUAUUCGAAAAUGGAUCUGCUAUAUUUCCCUCCCCCGAGUUUCUUUCUUCCUUCUUCCCUCUGUCGUUGGUUGAUAACCUCCGUCGAGUAUCCCAAAGAAGUCUGUGACUUUCAUUGCGCUCUUUCGACACACGCUCUUUUUGUCCCCGGAGGAUUCAUCACGCUCUUUUAUACCGAUAGCACCAUCCUACCCUCGACGCUCCUUUAUACCGGCCGUUCUCGACCGCCCGCGCUCUUUAUCUGUGCCCCCCGUUGACAAACACAAAAUCGAAAUCCUCGAACUUCACCCGCAAAGAAAAUAACACAAGAUGCAGCUCGUCAAGACCGUCUCCGUCCUGGCCCUGGCCACCGGCGCCGUCGUCGCUAUGCCCGCCAAUGUCGAAAAUGCUGGGCUUGCCAAACGUCAAUGGUGGGGUGGAAACCGAUUCUGGCAGCGUCCUAACCCGACCGCUGAGAUCACGGUGACCGGUUAUGCCCCCGAGCCAACUGGCGGAUGGUACAGCGAGGCGCCGACCUCGACCACGACCUCGACCACGACCGCGGCUCCGACUACGUCCACGACCAGCGAUGUCGUCGUCAGCGCGACCCCCGCCACCGACAGCAACUUCGGUGGCUUCUACAACAGGCCCUCCCAGGACUUCACCCCGACCGAGGCACCUUCGACCCCUACCUCUGCCCCCGAAACACCGGCGUCGUCCGCGUCGGCUCCGGCGGCUACUUCCGCGAGCUCUGAUUCUUCCCUGUACGACUACAUGUCGGUGGUGUCGAAAUGGCGCGCUGCGGGUGGCCUUCCUGCUCUCACCCAGGACAGCCAGCUCGAGGCCAAUGCCAUGAAGACCAGCACUGACAGCGUUGGUGGCCUGAUCCAUGAGUUGAACCCCGGCACCAUGGCCCAGGUUCUCGCUCCUGGUACCCCCGACAACUUCGAGAGCGUCUACGUCGGUGGAUGGCUUUGCGAGAUCCCCACCCUACCCGGUCUGAACGGCAUCUGCGCCACCGAAGCUCAAGGAUGGGAUCAUUCCAACGGAGAGACAGGUCAUGCCGAGAUCCUUACAUCGACAAGCUACUCGAAGAUCGGUUGCGCCCUAGCCCUGUCAACCGGUGUCUGGGCGUGCGACCUUGCAUAGAGCGCCGUCACGUGCUCCCCGCACCACUAAUCACCUACUUCACUGGAGAUCACGCCGAUUUGAUGGAUUCAAGAGAUGGGAGGAUAGUCUGGUGGGAAAGGAAAAGAUAUCUAUGCAAAGCUCGGGGGGAAACCAGGGCGAGGGAAUUCCAUGGAGACUUUGUAGCAGAGCCCGAGCUGGAAAUAUAUAUAUGAACUUUUCGUUGCUUUUAUUUCACUUUCUUGUCUCGCCUUCAACCACCUUUUUUGGGAAACGAAAACCAAUGAGCACGACGAAGGGUUUAGUUGUUUUUUCUGUAGAUAAAGCUUUAAAAAUCCGACGUGCUCUGUUUUUAAGA